AUGGAGAACGAUAUGACGUAUAAAUUACUAGAUUUGAUGCAGAAAACUGGUUAUUCUAUAGUUCAGCACAACGGACAAAGGAAGUUCGGUCCACCACCGGACUGGACUGGCCCGCCUCCACCGAAAGGCUGCGAAGUGUUCAUCGGAAAGUUACCGCGUGAAAUCUUCGAAGACGAGCUCGUGCCGAUUUUCUCGAAGGUCGGGAAAAUCUACGAACUCCGGCUGAUGAUGGAUUUCUCCGGCUCCAACCGAGGAUACGCUUUCGUGACUUACUCCACGAAGAUGGAAGCUUACAGAGCAGUGAAAGAGCUGAACGGCUACGAGAUACGUGCAGGGAGACAAAUAGGUGUCGUGAAAUCUGUAGAUAACUGUCGUCUCUUCGUAGGGGGGCUUCCGAAGACUAAAACCAAAGAAGAAAUCUUGGAAGAGCUAUCUAAUCGAGUGUCUGGUAUCGUGGAUGUGAUCCUCUAUAGGAACUGCUUCGACCGCCGGUUGAAUAGAGGGUUCGCGUUCGUGGAGUUCACGUCACACCGCGCUGCAGCGAUGGCGCGCCGCGCGCUCAUUCCGGGCUGCGUCAAAAUAUGGGACCAAGAGCUGAUGGUAGACUGGGCUGAACCGGAACCUGAUAUUGACGACGAGCAAAUGAAAAGGGUAAAAGUGCUGUAUGUAAGGAACUUCUUGAUAAGAACGACUCCUGAAACUAUUCAGUCGGUGUUUGAAACUGCAAUAAAAAAUAAAAUUGAGCGAGUUAAGAAAAUUUACGACUAUGCCUUUAUACAUUUUUAUGAACGUGAACAUGCUGAGCUUGCUAUGAACAAAUUGCAAAAUGCUGAAAUAGACGGUAGCAAUAUUGAAAUAAGAUGGGCGAAGCCGGUUGAUCGAGAAUUGUACCGUAUACAAAAACUGAAUCACGGCAAUGCCAAAUUUAAUAAUAGCCUCGAUUUGUCUCAGACUCUUUUACUUUACAAACGACACUUGGACAAGAAAGAAUAUGCGAAUUCUCCAAAGGAUGACGAAGGCAUCGGCUCCUCGGCAUGCGCUGGGGAUUCCAUAUGUGGAUCACCUUCAGAAUCAAAGUCUUCUAACUUUCAAUACUCACCACCUAAGGACUGCUACACGAUUGCUCCAGCUAAACUAGAUUCUAUGUGCAAAAGGUACAUGUGGGCCCCACCGGUGUACUCGUACCAAAAGUACUUGGGCCCGUCGGGCGAGGAGCAGUGGGUGGGGCGCGUGGAGCUACCGCUGGUGGGCGCGCCGCUGCUGACGGUCGCGCGGCGCGUGGGCCCACUCUCCUCCCGCGCGUGCCACUCCAUGCAGCAGGCGCACGUCGAGGCCGCAGAAAACGCGCUUAACUACAUCAAGCGGUCUACGCCAGCGCCGCUACAGCACGUGUAUGGAGUGAGUGGAGUGGGCAACGUGGGCUGCGUGCUACCCUACGACUACCUGCCACUGUACCCGCGUCAGCCCACACUGCCCCCGCUGCCGCUGCCGCUGACGGCCGUCAGCGCUCUUGUAGCACCUCUGGAGUUGAGCAGGUGUCCAUGGGCGACGGUGAGCACUUACCAUCAGGUGAUCCGUUUGCUCGUCUGCCCCCUACCCCAUAAAAAAGACACGCUUACAAGUGGACUUACAUUGGCCACUACAAAAAGACUUGUCGCUAGGCUGUGCCCUGCCUUAAAGGCAGGUUUACAAACCGGUUAA